GGGAGGAAGAAAAGAGCGGUGGGCGUGGCGAAACAGCUAGAACGGCUGGCCAGCCCUGAGAUUGUCACAAUUAUGCGUUCCAUGAUAGUGCUGGAGGCAUUCCACAUCGUCACUGGGCUCUGCAUUUCUGUGGGCCCCAAAGGCUAAUUUGGCAUGUGAUGACGUGGGGACGGUCAUCUGCCGGUCGUUAGGGGCGCCAUAGCGGCAUUAGCGAGCAGACUCCAACUGCCAAACAGGACCCAACCCAGCUAACCCCGCCUUUCGCACUCCACUAUCUCCAGCAACGCGGGGCAGAUGUGGCGGGUAUCGAUGCACAAAUGUUGGGCUGAUGAGUUGGAGAUUGGCUUUGACCGGCGCUGCGGUCCUCUCUACAUCACUUCAUCAUGACCGCCAGAAACAGGCACUCAAAAGUCGGCAAGACUCCACGGCCAUGGGCCACCCUCUUUUCUCUCUGCGGGGCCAUCAAGACGGAUGCAAAAGCAUCGGAGGAGGAGGAGCGAGCACUCGCCCAUCCAAGCUUUACACAGGAACGGUCAAGCCUCUGAUGCGGUGCGCCUACAGUGGUCCUUCCCGACAGACUGGGUCGGGGCCAUAGCACAAAUCAACGACAAACUACUUUGGGUCGUGAGAGGUUGGUUCCAGGUUGGACUGGGCGUUUUCUUAUCGAUCUGUUUUCCAAGAUUCGUGGUGGGAGCUGCUGGGUAGCUGGUGGGGUUCCCAACAGCAAGCGAUCCCGCUUUCUUAUCACUGUGCAACAAACAGGGCUGGCCCGAACCAUUCCCGAGCCCUUGAAUCGGAAGCGGCUACUUAGGGGCUGGUCCACGCCCUGGACAAAAUAACUGGCACUGCAAAAGUAAGUCAAUAGAGCAAAGUAUUCUAAACCACACCUUAAAAAUAUAGUUAAUAAACAUUGAAAGAUAGUUGAUAGACAAUCAAGAAUGGUUCAUACACCUAAAAGGAUACUAAAUAAGCUUCAAAAAUAAUUAAAAUGGCCUGUCUUCGUCUUUUAGAACAAUUAUUAUACGUUUGGCUGACUGGGAGUACCAGCUAUUUUGUCCACAACGUGCUGUCGAAACCCUGGCCAUUGACCAUUGACCACCUCGAUUCAACAUCCGCAUUCCCUUUCGUGAUCCAUCUUGUUCUCAUUGAGCCGACAACGUUCGCUUUCCGCAUUUGCACCAGCCGGUAAGAGAACCUCCCACACGGAGUUCCGUACGUCUUCUCCUCUCUUACGACUACCUUCCUCAAUUCGACAAACUGUACCAUCUUGUCGCCGUUUGGUCCGACAUCGCUCGAUCGAUCCAGCCCAACGCACGUAGCCAGAACACGCAGACGAUCACUUUCACAAUGAGCACCCAAGAUCUUUUCUCGGCCGACCUCCUUUCUCCCAGUGUCCAGGCUGAGCUCCCAGAGGGUUACAAGCUCCGCGCGCUUCGGUCAGAAGACUACGAGCAUGGCUUUCUCGACUGUCUUCGGGUCCUGACCACCGUGGGGGAUAUCUCCCGGCAGGAGUUUGACGAACGCUACCAGUGGCUGGCCAAGCAAGACGGCACUUACUUUAUUCUCGUGAUUGAAGAUACCAACUUCAACCCACCCAGGGUCGUGGGUACCGGUGCGCUGAUCGUGGAGCGCAAGUUCAUUCACGGCCUUGGAAAGGUCGGACACAUCGAAGACAUCGCCGUUGCGAAAGACCAACAAGGGAAGAAACUGGGUCUUAGAAUUAUCCAGGCUCUCGACUUCAUCGCCAGAGAGACGGGUUGCUACAAGACAAUCUUGGACUGCAGCGAGCACAAUGAGGGCUUCUACGUCAAGUGUGGAUUUAAGAGAGCGGGGCUCGAGAUGGCCCAUUAUCACAACAAAUAA